UAAGCUCAAUGGCCAAAACAGGAGGGAUGCAUCUGCUGGCUGCUCCGAGGUUCCUCUAUAAAAGACCUCCUUCCAGUCACUGCACAAGUUCUGGACUGAGGGGCUGCCGACCUGGUAUUAUCUCAACCACUGCUUCGUCUGGGGUCAGAAAAGGAACACAGCUAACAUGGGUGAGCAGGAAAUGGAGUGCUUCGGCCCGGCGGCCGUCUUCCUCCGGAAGCCGGAGAGGGAGCGUAUCGAGGCCCAGAACACCCCGUUCGACGCCAAGACCGCCUUCUACGUGUCGGAGCCCAAGGAGAUGUACCUCCGGGGGGUGCUGCAGAACAAAGAGGGGGGCAAAGCCACCGUCAAGACACUCUGUGGAAAGGUCCUCACUGUGAAAGAGGAGGAAAUCUACCCCAUGAAUCCCCCAAAGUACGACAAGAUUGAGGACAUGGCCAUGAUGACCCACCUCAAUGAGCCUACCGUGCUGUACAACCUCAAAGAGCGCUACGCAGCAUGGAUGAUCUACACCUACUCUGGGCUCUUCUGCGUCACUGUGAACCCCUACAAGUGGCUCCCAGUGUACGAUGCUGUGGUGGUUGCUGGAUACAGAGGCAAGAAGAGGAUUGAGGCACCGCCCCACAUCUUCUCAAUCUCUGACAACGCCUAUCAGGCCAUGCUCACAGAUAGAGAGAACCAGUCCAUUCUGAUCACUGGAGAAUCUGGUGCAGGAAAGACUGUGAACACCAAGCGUGUCAUCCAGUACUUUGCAACAAUUGCAGUGGCUGGUGGCAAGAAGGCAGAGGAGAAGGGCUCGGGCAAAAUGCAUGGGUCGCUGGAGGAUCAGAUCAUUGCAGCUAACCCUCUGCUGGAGGCUUACGGUAACGCCAAGACCGUGAGAAAUGACAACUCCUCUCGUUUUGGUAAAUUCAUCAGAAUCCAUUUUGGCACAACUGGAAAGUUGGCAUCUGCUGAUAUAGAAACAUAUCUUCUGGAGAAGUCCAGGGUGACGUUCCAGCUGUCUGCUGAGAGAAGCUACCAUAUCUUCUAUCAGCUCAUGACCGGCCACAAGCCUGAGAUUCUAGAGGCUCUCCUCAUCACAACCAACCCCUAUGACUAUCACAUGAUCAGCCAGGGGGAGAUUCUUGUGAAGAGCAUCAAUGAUGUUGAAGAAUUCAUUGCCACUGAUACGGCCAUUGACAUCCUGGGCUUCAAUGCUGAUGAGAAGAUUGGCAUCUACAAGCUGACCGGUGCCGUGAUGCAUCAUGGGAACAUGAAGUUCAAGCAGAAGCAGCGUGAAGAGCAGGCUGAGCCUGAUGGCAAUGAGGUGGCUGAUAAGAUUGCAUACCUCCUGGGCCUCAACUCUGCAGACAUGCUCAAGGCUGUAUGCUAUCCAAGAGUCAAGGUGGGAAACGAGAUGGUGACCAAAGGUCAAACUGUUCCUCAGGUCCAUAACUCAGUGAUGGCUCUCUGCAAGUCAGUCUAUGAGAAAAUGUUCUUGUGGAUGGUCAUCAGAAUCAAUGAGAUGCUGGACACCAAGCAGCCCAGGCAAUUCUUCAUCGGUGUGUUGGACAUCGCUGGGUUUGAAAUCUUUGAUUACAACAGCUUGGAGCAGCUGUGCAUCAACUUCACCAAUGAGAAACUGCAACAGUUUUUCAACCACCACAUGUUUGUACUGGAGCAAGAAGAGUACAAGAAAGAAGGAAUUGAAUGGGAGUUCAUUGACUUUGGUAUGGACCUGGCGGCCUGCAUUGAGCUGAUUGAGAAGCCAAUGGGUAUCUUCUCCAUCCUUGAAGAGGAGUGCAUGUUCCCCAAGGCCUCAGACACCACCUUUAAGAACAAGCUAAAUGACCAGCACCUUGGCAAAACCAAGGCCUUUGAGAAGCCAAAACCAGCCAAAGGCAAAGCUGAGGCCCACUUUUCCCUGGUGCACUAUGCUGGCACUGUGGACUACAACAUCACCGGCUGGCUGGACAAGAACAAGGACCCCCUGAACGACUCUGUGGUUCAGCUCUACCAGAAGUCCUCAGUUAAACUGCUGGCUCUGCUGUAUGCAUCCCAUGGCGGAGACGAUGCCAAGGGAACAACAAAGAAAGCCGGAAAGAAGAAGGGUGGCUCAUUCCAGACAGUGUCUGCUUUGUUCAGGGAAAACCUUGGGAAGCUGAUGACCAACUUGAAGAGCACUCACCCUCAUUUUGUGCGCUGUCUGAUUCCCAAUGAAUCCAAAACCCCAGGUCUGAUGGAGAACUUCCUGGUCAUCCACCAGCUGAGGUGUAACGGUGUGCUGGAAGGAAUCAGAAUCUGCAGAAAGGGCUUCCCCAGCAGAAUCCUCUAUGCUGACUUCAAGCAGAGGUACAAAAUAUUGAAUGCCAGUGUAAUCCCUGAGGGACAAUUCAUUGACAACAAAAAGGCCUCAGAGAAACUCUUGGGGUCUAUUGAUGUUGAUAAAUCACAGUACAAAUUUGGACACACUAAGGUAUUCUUCAAAGCUGGGUUAUUGGGUACCCUGGAGGAGAUGAGAGAUGAGAAAUUAGUUCAGUUGGUGACCAUGACCCAAGCUAUCAGCAGGGGUUUCCUUAUGAGAAGAGAAUUUAUCAAGAUGAUGCAGAGAAGGGAAUCCAUUUACUCUAUUCAGUACAACAUCCGCUCAUUCAUGAAUGUCAAAACAUGGCCAUGGAUGAAGCUCUACUUCAAGAUCAAACCUCUUCUCAAGAGUGCUGAGGCUGAAAAGGAGAUGGCACAGAUGAAGGAGGACUUUGCAAAAACAAAAGAGGAACUGGCAAAGGCUCUGGCCAAGAAGAAGGAUCUGGAGGAGAAGAUGGUGACCCUCCUGCAGGAGAAGAAUGAUCUGCAGCUCCAGAUCCAAUCCGAAGGUGAGACCUUGUCCGAUGCAGAGGAAAGGUGUGAGAACCUCAUUAAGAGUAAGAUCCAGCUGGAGGCCAAAGUCAAAGAGACAUCUGAGAGACUAGAGGAUGAGGAGGAGGUUAAUGCUGAGUUGACGGCCAAGAAGAGGAAGCUGGAAGAUGAGUGUUCUGAGCUCAAGAAGGACAUUGAUGACCUGGAGCUGACCUUGGCCAAAGUGGAGAAGGAGAAACAUGCCACUGAGAACAAGGUGAAGAACUUGAUUGAAGAAAUGGCAUCUCAAGAUGAUACCAUCGCCAAAUUAAGUAAGGAGAGGAAAGCCCUCCAAGAGGCCCACCAGCAAGCACUCGAUGACCUCCAAGCAGAAGAAGACAAAGUCAACAUCCUGACCAAAGCCAAAGCCAAACUGGAGCAGCAAGUUGAUGAUAUUGAGGGUUCCCUGGAGCAAGAAAAGAAGCUCAGAAUGGACCUUGAGCGAAUCAGGAGGAAGCUUGAAGGAGAUCUGAAGCUGUCCCUUGAAUCAUUAAUGGAUCUGGAGAAUGACAAGCAGCAAUCUGAAGAGAAGAUUAAAAAGAAGGACUUUGAAAACUGUCAGCUAAUCAGCAGGAUAGAAGAUGAACAAAUACUUGGAAUUCAGCUUCAGAAGAGAAUCAAGGAACUGCAGGCUCGCAUUGAGGAGCUGGAGGAGGAGAUUGAGGCUGAGCGUGCCGCUCGGGCCAAGGUGGAAAAGCAGAGGUCUGAUCUCUCCAGGGAACUUGAGGAGAUCAGUGAGAGGCUUGAGGAGGCCGGUGGAGCCACUUCUCUUCAGAUCGAGAUGAACAAGAAGCGCGAGGCUGAGUUCCAGAAACUGCGUCGUGACCUGGAGGAGUCGACCCUGCAGCAUGAGGCCACCUCUGCAGCGCUGAGGAAGAAGCAGGCCGACAGCGUGGCUGAGCUGGGAGAGCAGAUCGACAACCUCCAGCGGGUCAAGCAGAAGCUGGAGAAGGAGAAGAGCGAAUACAAGAUGGAGAUCGAUGACCUCUCCAGCAACAUGGAGGCAGUUGCAAAAUCAAAGAGUAACUUGGAGAAGAUGUGCCGUACCCUUGAAGACCAGCUCAGCGAGCUAAAGUCCAAGAAUGAGGAACACAUGCGUCAACUUAAUGAUGUGAAUGUCCAAAGAUCAAGGCUGAUGACUGAAAAUGGUGAAUUCAGUCGCCAGCUGGAAGAAAGGGAGUCUCUGGUUUCACAGCUGACCAGGAGCAAGCAGGGCUUCCUCCAGCAGAUUGAAGAGCUCAAACGGCACCUCGAGGAGGAGGUCAAGUCAAAGCAUGCCCUCGCCCAUGCGGUCCAGUCGUCUCGCCAUGACUGCGACCUGCUCCGAGAGCAGUUUGAGGAGGAGCAGGAGGCCAAGGCUGAGCUGCAGCGGGGGAUGUCCAAGGCCAACAGCGAGGUGGCUCAGUGGAGGAGCAAAUACGAGACUGACGCCAUUCAGCGCACUGAGGAACUGGAGGAAGCAAAGAAAAAGCUUGCCCAGCGUCUUCAGGAUGCAGAGGAGUCUAAUGAGGCUACGAGCGCCAAAUGUGCCUCUCUGGAAAAGACUAAACAGAGGCUGCUUGGUGAGGUGGAAGACCUGAUGAUGGAUGUGGAGAGAGCUAAUGCUCUGGCGGCCAACCUUGACAAGAAACAGAGGAACUUUGAUAAGGUUCUUGCUGAGUGGAAGCAGAAAUAUGAGGAGAGCCAGGCUGAGUUGGAGGGAGCUCAGAAAGAGGCUCGCUCUCUGAGCACUGAGAUGUUCAAGCUGAAGAACUCCUAUGAAGAAGCUCUGGACCACCUGGAGACCCUCAAGAGGGAGAACAAGAACCUUCAGCAGGAGAUAACUGAUCUUAGUGAACAAAUUGGCGAAUCUGGAAAAACAAUCCAUGAACUGGAAAAAGGGAAAAAGAUGGUGGAGUGCGAGAAAACAGAAAUCCAAGCCGCCCUUGAAGAGGCAGAGGCAACACUGGAACAUGAGGAGUCCAAGAUUCUUCGUGUUCAGCUGGAGCUUACCCAGAUCAAGGGUGAGGUAGACCGGAAGAUUGCUGAGAAGGAUGAGGAGAUGGAGCAGAUCAAGAGGAACAGCCAGAGGGUGAUUGAAUCCAUGCAGACUCUUUUGGACUCAGAGAUCAGGAGCAGAAAUGAUGCCCUGAGAAUCAAGAAGAAGAUGGAGGGAGAUCUCAACGAGAUGGAGAUCCAGUUGAGCCACGCCAACCGCCAGGCUUCUGAAGCCCAGAAACAACUUAGAAACGUCCAGGGACAGCUUAAGGAUGCCGUACUGCACCUGGAUGAUGCCCUCAGAGGAGAAGCAGACAUGAGGGAGCAGGUCGCCAUGGUGGAGCGCAGGAACAACCUGAUCAUGGCUGAGAUCGAGGAGCUGAGGGCAGCCCUGGAGCAGACCGAGAGGGGCCGCAAAGUGGCAGAGCAGGAGCUGGUGGACGCCAGUGAGCGCGUGGGACUGCUCCACUCCCAGAACACAAAUCUCAUCAACACCAAGAAGAAGCUGGAGUCUGACCUCAUCCAGAUCCAAGGUGAAGUGGAGGACACUAUUCAGGAUGCCAGGAACGCAGAGGAGAAGGCCAAGAAGGCCAUCACUGACGCUGCCAUGAUGGCGGAGGAGUUGAAGAAGGAGCAGGACACCAGCUCUCACCUGGAGAGGAUGAAGAAGAACCUGGAGCUCACAGUGAAGGACCUGCAGCACCGUCUGGAUGAAGCUGAGAGCCUGGCCAUGAAGGGAGGCAAGAAGCAGCUCCAGAAACUGGAGGCUAGGGUGCGUGAACUGGAGUCGGAAGUGGAGGCGGAGCAGAGGCGCGGGGCGGAGGCGGUGAAAGGCUUGCGCAAAUAUGAGCGCAGGGUGAAGGAACUGAGCUACCAGUGUGAGGAGGACAAGAAGAAUAUCUGCAGACUCCAAGAUUUGGUGGACAAGCUGCAGCUGAAGAUGAAGUCCUACAAGAGGCAGGCUGAGGAGUCUGAGGAGCAGGCCAACACCCACCUGUCCAGGUACAGGAAGAAUCAGCAUGAGCUGGAAGAAGCUCAGGAACGCGCUGACAUCGCAGAAACCCAGGUCAACAAGCUCAGAGCCAAGAGUCGGGAGAUCGGCAAGGGAAAGGACGAAGAGUGACCAACAUCAUAUGAAGGAGACACAAUAUCAAGAAAUCAUACAAUAUGAUUUUUCUGACUCAAUUGUGAUUAACCAAAAAUAAAUGUGCAAGAAACUUCGA